UAUUGGGUCGGAUCAUGCCACUAUUUGACCCAACAUGAGCGUACAGUACACGAACAUACCAUAAAAGCUAACCUCGACGGCUACGCUUCACUUUUCAGAUCUUCCUUUUCAUUUUUGCCUUUGCAGUUUCACUUCAGUUUCAGAUUAAGAAAUGGCGGAGGCAAAACCUGGAUUGAGAAAGCCGGUUUUCACUAAGGUUGAUCAGCUUCGACCGGGGACUAGUGGCCACACUCUAACUCUCAAGGUGGUGAAUACUAAGAUGGUGAUGCAGAAGGGUCGUCCUGAUGGUCCUCAACCUCGUCAAAUGAGAAUUGCUGAAAGUUUGGUUGGUGAUGAGACUGGAAUGAUCAUAUUUACCACUCGAAAUGAUCAAGUGGAUCUGGUGAAAGAUGGCUCUACCAUCAUUUUGCGGAAUGCGAAAAUUGACAUGUUUAAAGGAUCAAUGAGGCUUGCUGUGGACAAAUGGGGCCGAGUUGAAGUGACAGAACCUGCAGAUUUCACUGUUAAGGAAGACAAUAACCUUUCCCUUAUUGAAUAUGAACUUGUUAAUGUUGUGGAGUAACUUGUUGGAUUAGUUUGGAACUUCUACUGUGCUAUAAUGAGAAUAAAACAUAUCCAGCAACUAGGAAUAGAGAUUUGGAAAUAGUACUAUGAGUUAUUUCUUCAAACUGUGUGACUCGGUGGUUCUAAUACAACUGAAACAAAUGUGAUAUGCACUGCAUUAAAUGAAAGAUAAUGGAAUUGCUUCCAAAUCUUGCUUUUUGUUUUGUUAAUUUUAAUUAUGGAUUUUGUGCAUCUUUCUGCCUUUAGAUUAUAUGUACCAGAAUAUAUUAUAUGUGGAAGACAAGCCUUAAUACUUUGUGUAA